AGCUUCAAAUAUAAUCCAUCACCAAAGUACAAAACAUUCCUGAUAUGGGAUUUAAUUCAUUUGUCUUAUGGGGAACAACCCUAACUGCUCGUCCUAGUUAUAAUAUGAAAGAAAUGAUAUAGCAUCGCUUCCAAGCACAUGUUAGUUGGAUAGCUGGACUAUUUUCGUCACCUUGCAUUUUCUUAUCUUGCAGUUGCAGAGGUCCACAAAGUUGAAGUUGGGGCCUUGGGGGAGGCCUAUAAAUUUCAAACCACAGUUUUGUAAUUGCAAAUACUUUCAAAUCAAGUUUCUUUCCUCCAAAUUAAUACAAGUUGAAGCUCAGUUGCAACGAAAAAUGGGGUCGACUCGAUUUUCUGGGAUUUUCAUUUCAUGUCUUCUGGUGAUCAUAGGCCUCAGUGAGGCUCAGUUGCAACUGGGUUUCUAUGCCAAGAACUGCCCGAAAGCAGAGAAGAUUGUGAAAGACUACGUCGAGGAGCACAUCCACAACGCACCCUCACUUGCUGCUGCUCUCAUAAGGUUGCACUUCCAUGAUUGCUUUGUCAGGGGUUGUGAUGCAUCUGUUCUUCUGAACUCGACUUCAAGUAACCAAGCUGAAAAAGAUGCUCCCCCAAAUCUAACCCUCAGAGGGUUUGACUUCAUCGACAGAAUAAAAAGCCGACUUGAAGCUCAAUGCCCUGGAAUAGUUUCAUGCGCAGAUGUUAUUGCUUUGGCAGCAAGAGAUUCUAUUGUUGCAACAGGAGGUCCAACUUGGAAGGUUCCAACAGGUAGAAGAGAUGGGGUGAUCGCAAGGAGGGCAGAAGCCUUAGCCAACAUUCCACCCCCAACUUCCAACUUCAGCAAUCUCCAAAGAAUUUUUGCCAAUGUGGGUCUUGAUUUGAAGGACUUGGUCUUGCUAUCUGGUGCUCACACAAUUGGGGUCUCUCAUUGCUCAUCAUUUUCAAACCGCCUUUACAAUUUCACCGGAGUGGGUGACCAGGACCCCGCUUUGAACACCCAAUACGCAGCGAAUCUCAAGGCCAACAAGUGCAAAACUCCAACUGAUAACACCACAAUUGUUGAGAUGGACCCUGGAAGCGUCAGGACUUUUGACCUAAGCUACUACACACUUUUGCUCAAAAGGCGAGGGCUCUUCCAAUCCGAUGCUGCUUUGACAACCAGCUCAACAACUUAUAAUCAUAUCAACCAACUGCUCAAAGGUUCACUGCAGAACUUCUACGAUAAGUUUGGAAAGUCUAUGGAGAAAAUGGGUCGGGCUAACGUUAAGACUGGAUCGGCUGGCGAGAUUAGGAAGCAAUGUUCAGUUGUGAAUAGCUAGAAAAUGAUAAUCUUUGGUUAAUUUUCGGUCUCUUUUUUUUUUUUUUUUUUGUUGUGGUAAAAUUGAUAAUGAUUGUAAACUGCAUGUAAUGAUAAUCUUUGGUUAAUUUUCGGUCUCUUUUUCUUUUCUUUUUUUGGUGUGAUAAAAUUGAUAAUGAUUGUAAACUGCAUGUUAUGCUUUUUGAUAUUAUAUUGUUUAGUAUGAAUAAAAUUGAGGUCCAUUUGGAGUGUUGCUUUCUCGUAGUCAACUUUGUCUUCGUGUAAUAUUAAAUCAUUAGAGGAGGGAUAUUCGGGAGAAAAAACUGCUCGGAAAAUGUAAAGAAAAUAGUUUAGAGAUUUGCUUUAAUUAAUAGGGAUUUGAUAUUAUUUGAUUUAGAGAGGUGUAUUCAAUCAAGAAUUUGAGAGACUUUAAUGGAAUUAUAAAUUCAUGAUUUUUAUGAAGUUUAAUUGAUUUAUAGAGAUUAAAU